GGAGAAGCAGAAGCUCCGCUCUGGUCAGCAGUCCACGCCUCCGCGCCGCUACAGUGUUGUUGGAGGAUGACGAACAGGAGCUGCUCUCAUCGAGAUCUGGACCUGGAGAACCCACAGCGUCCUCAGAGUAGAACUGGGCUUGUUAGAACAGAAGAAAUACUGACCAGCGCAGGACCAGGAUUUUAUUUAGUCCAUUAAGAGGAAUGAACAUCAUCCUGAUGCCGGGCUCCUGCUCCUGGUGUGUCGACUAGUUUGUAUUUAUCUCCACACAUCAACACAAAAGAUGCCCCAGAUGGUACAGAAAUGAGUAGAGACUUGCGAAUAUGGCACCCAAAAGAAGCUCCAGUGCUCAGCAAAGAUCCUCUGGUGCUCUCUGCACUAAAACAUCUCACAGGCGAAAGCAGAGAAGCACCACUGAGGAGAGUGCUCACUUCUGCCCUGACUGUGGGAAGAGGUACACUAGACAGAGCAGUCUCAAACUGCACCAGCGUAUCCACACGGGGGAGAAGCCGUUUCCCUGCUCAGAGUGUGGGAAGGCUUUUCUUCUGAAGAGCACUCUCCGGGUUCACCAGCGCAUCCACACGGGGGAGAAGCCGUUUGAAUGUCAGUACUGUGGAAAGAGCUUCAGAGACAGAGGAAAUCUCAAAGCUCAUCAGCACAUUCACAUGGCAGAGAAGCCGUAUCACUGCUCGGACUGCGGGAAGAGCUUCAACCAGCUGAGCCACCUCCAAAAACACCAGCGGAUUCACACAGGAGAGAAGCCAUAUCGCUGUUCGGAGUGCGGGAAGAGCUUUAAUCAGGAAAGCCACCUUCGAACGCACUCGCGCAUUCACUCGGGAGAGAAGCCGUUUCACUGUUCGUACUGUGGAAAAUAUUUCAGAGACCGAGGGAACCUGAAAACACACCAGUACAUCCACACGGGCGAGAAGCCGUAUCGGUGCUCGGACUGCGGGAAGAGUUUUAACCAGCAGAGUUAUCUGCAAGUUCACCAGCGCAUCCACACAGGAGAGAAGCCGUACUUCUGCUCAGACUGCGGGAAGAUAUGCUUUCAACGGACUCACCUGCGAGACCACCAACGCAUCCACACAGGAGAGAAACCGUAUCACUGCCCGGAGUGCGGCAAGAGCUUCAACCAGCGGAAUAACCUCCGACUACACCAGCGCAUCCACACGGGAGAGAAGCCGUUCUGCUGCUCGGACUGCGGGAAGAGCUUCACGGUACGUGGUCAGUUUCAGCUGCACCAGCGCAUUCACACCGGAGAGAAGCCGUACAAGUGCUCAGAGUGUGGGAAGAGCUUUAGGAACGGCGGCCACCUCACGACGCAUCAGCGCAUCCACACCGGAGAGAAGCCGUACACCUGCUCGUUCUGCGUGAAGAGCUUUCGCAACAAGGCCAACCUCAUCACGCACGAGCGCAUCCACACCGGAGAGAAGCCGUAUCACUGCUCGGAGUGCGGGAAGCGCUUCAGUGACGGGGGUGGUCUCAAAUCACACCAGCGCAUUCACACAGGAGAGAAACCGUAUUACUGCUCAGACUGUGGGCGGAGUUUUACUCAACGAUGUCAUCUGAAAAUACACCAACGCAUUCACACAGGCGAGAAGCCGCAUCGCUGUUCGGAAUGUGGGAAGAGCUUCAGAGAUGUUGGGACCCUCAGGAGACACCAGCGCAUCCACACAGGAGAGAAACCGUACUUUUGCUUGGAGUGUGGAAAGCGUUUCAUUCAACAGGACAAUCUCCAGAAGCACCUACGCGUCCACACUGGAGAAAAACCGUAUCACUGCCUGGAGUGCGGGAAGAGCUUUAACCAGCAGAACCAUCUCCAAACACAUCUGCGCGUUCACACAGGGGAGAAACCAUAUUACUGCCCAGAGUGUGGGCGGAGUUUUAGUGCGCAGAACAGUCUCCAGUUACACCGCCGCCUUCACACCGGAGAGAAGCCAUACUGCUGCUCAGAGUGCGGGAAGCGCUUUACCGCGCAGGAUCAUCUCCAGAAACACCAGCGCAUCCACACCGGAGAGAAGCCGUAUCACUGCUCGGUCUGUGGGAAGAGGUUCAGCGAUGGAGGCACUCUGAAAACACACCAGCGCCUCCACACGGGAGAGAAGCCGUUUGACUGCUUGUACUGCGAGAAGAGCUUCAGAAACAGGUGUAAUCUCAAAAAGCACCAGCGCAUUCACACCGGAGAGAAGCCGUACGACUGCCCCGAGUGUGAGAAGAGCUUCAGUGAUGGAGGGAGUCUCAAAAAACACCAGCGCAUCCACACAGGAGAGAAACCGUAUUACUGCGCAGACUGUGGGCGGAGCUUCAGGCAUUCCAAUACUUUAAAGGUGCAUAAAUGCGUUAACAGGGAGUUGAUUGCUGUUGAUGCGCAAGUUUGUCAAACAUGACUUUAUGGUAUUCAGGUUACCAUGAAUAUGUUUGUAAUUUUUAAGGGAAUUCCACUAAUUCAGUGGUGGAGAUGUAAACAGAGUGAUUCAGAGUAGUUUGGUGUGAAAUGGUUCAGA